UGCGCGUGCACGCGAUUUCAAGUUGACGUUUCAACGUCGCCCGAACACGCUCGCCGAGCGACGCGGUGCAUCCCGGUAAUCAACGAAGCUGGGAUUUAAGACGGUCGAAGUUAAGAUAUACCGUUGCAUUUAUACGCAGAAAAAGAAAGCUCGAUUCUCGUUCGGGAGCUUGUGUUCGAUUACCUCGCGCGUGUUCACUGUGUUAUGACGAAAUUUCAGCGGAAUCCCGCCAGCGAUUUAACGGUGUUGUGUUCGCCAGGUGUUGCCAGGUGUUACCAGGUGAAUGUGCGAGCGUUCGCGUCGGCUUACCUUCCCGGGGGGCGAAGAAGAAAUCGCGAUAUCUCGCGCGAAUCUUUUCCGCGAGACUCUGUACGAAGUUUAUAUAAUGCGUUUUAUUGAUACAGCGUGAAGUAAGCUACACGCGUGUUUGAAUGCGUCGUUAAAAGACGCAAAUUGAAUUCAUUCGGGAAUAUCUCGUCGAUCUCGUGAUCGCGUCGAUUAGACGACGAUCGAAGGCUGCCCGAGACGAGGAUGGUGAACGGUGAUAGAAGGUGAAUGAGAAAGACGGGGAAGACGGUUCGAUCUCGGUCGAUAGAUCCCUCUCCCGUUCCUGCGGAUUCUCACGAGCUUGGCGUAGAGAGGGAAGGAGGGGAAAACACGAGAGCGACGACGACGCGCGUUGCAUCGCGAGGAAUGCGCUCGUCGCGGUGCAAGCGACAAAUCCGCGUGAAUUGUUUCUUUGAACAAAAUAAACAAACAAUUUAACGCGGUAGUGAGAGACGGUGGAAGGGGUCGGAAGUCAGAAGCAAAGUUAUAGGUGGUGCGGCGUAAUUUUUGUAUCGUUAUAAAGCGUGUUUCAAUCGCGUCUUCUUUUCUUUCCGGAAAGUGCAAGAAAGGACAGCCGUCAAAACGUGCGUUUCGACUGAAAGACGGGAGAACGGAAGGGAGAUAGUGAAUAGUGAAGCACGAGUAUCGCGGAAUGCGAGACGCGAGUGUACGUGAAACGAAGACGCGCCGCGAUCCGUCGCGAUUGGCGUAGCUCCUUCCGGAGCUUCUUACGCGGCGACGACGGCGGUCACGAGCGUGGCAGCGGGCGACGGUGGAAAAAAAGAGAGGGAGGGAGGUGGUGGUGAAGUGAGGUCAACGGCGAGAGGAUGGAGCGGCGACCGGCGGCGACCUCCGCGAGGACACGCAGCCUCCUCACUGGUCUUUGCUUCGUCUGGAUCAUCGGCAGCAUAUGCGCCACCGUACCACUUGAGGAGCCGCGUUUCACUAAUCAACCGUCCAGCAGUGGUAAUAUACUUAGCGAGAAUCGCACAAAGUUUCUGCAAUGCCAAGCAAGAGGCAAUCCUCAACCAAAGUACAAAUGGUUCAAAGACGGUGUGCCCCUCAGCAAUGAGCUUACCUCCGGGCCUUAUUUCCGUAUACAAAGUACGCGACGAGAGGAUGCCGGAGUGUAUCACUGCGUUGCGACCAACGACGUGGGGUCCAUAUUCAGCGAUCGUCUCGCCUUCGCUGUAGCUUAUAUGGGAAUGUUCGAUGAUCUCACGGAGAAAGUGGUGACCGUCGAGUCGGGUAGUGCUGCAAUUCUGGAGCUACCCCCGAUUGAGAGUCAUCCUACUCCGGAGGUAACGUGGUUCUCCUCGGACGGGACUCCUUUGUACGGUAUAAAGUACGCAAAGACUCAUCACACGCUACUAAUACUAAACGCUUCGGAAAGCGACGAAGGUUCUUAUAGAGCAAAAGCUAUCAACACCCAAUUGGGCAAAGAGGAGAAUAGCCCGUUUUUCAAGUUGCAAGUUACCGGCGAUCCAUAUGCGGAAGUGGCCCCUACCAUAAUCGUCAAGCCGCAGGACACGCAGAUAAUCAAAGAUCAAGAUGUUACGUACAUAAAUUGCAUCGCGAAUGCCAGAUCACUUCAUGAGUUACGGACCUUAUGGAUGAAGGACGGUAUUCCGAUCGAGAACUCUAGGAUAUCGUAUAGCUUUAACGAUUCGUGGAAUAGAACACUCGCAUUGAUCUCAGCCAAUAUAACUUACACGGGGAUUUAUUCUUGCCAUGUGGAUUUAAGGAGCGGUGGUUAUCCGACUGUAAAUGCGAGUGCCAAGGUUGUCGUAUAUGAAAAACCAACAUUUAUAACGGAAUUAAAGAGAGAGACCCUAAGCGAUUACGGAUCUACGGUAACGUUACCGUGCGACGCUAACGGCGUACCGCCUCCUGUAAUCAGUUGGUUCCGUAAUGCUGAGCCCGUAGAUCAUUUACUGGGAACCAGAUAUAUAAUGGAGGAAGAUGGCUCAUUGACAAUCAAAAAAUUGACUAUGGACGAUUCUGGAAUGUUUCAAUGUCUCGCAUCCAACGAUGCCGGCGAAUCAUCCAGUUAUACAUGGCUGAAGGCGAAAAAAGAAGAAUUAGGAAGCGGAUUGAAAAACAGAGUUGCCCGCUGGGCGGCUGGCUACAAUGUAGUCAGAAUUCGCCAGUCUGACCACCGUUUUAUGUUCUCUCAUUAUCCAGACACAUCUGGACCGAUUAUGGAAAAAGGUCCACAGAAUUUAACAGUGUUGGAUGGCAAAGAUGCGACUUUGACUUGUUACGCGGUAGCGGCGCCUAAACCAAACACUACCUGGUACUAUAAUGAUACAAUACCUGUGGAGAUUGCCGGGAGAGUACAAGUCUUGGACAAUGGUGAUCUUUUAAUCGCAGCGGUAAAGCCAUACGAUGCGGGAAAAUAUACUUGUAUUCGAGCGAAUGAAGCCGGCUCUGUCAACGGAUCGGCAUAUUUGACCGUUAUGGUUCGGACGCAAAUUAUCCAACCACCUGUUGAUAUAUCCGUGCUUCUCGGACACAUCGCCGAAUUACAGUGUAAAAUCUCGAACGAUCCUAGCGUCGUAUAUGAUAUGGCAUGGUUUCAUAACGGACAAGUAAUAAACACGCAAGCGAGUCAGAGAGUGAAAAUGCGACCGGAUGGGACUCUUGAGAUUGUCGCUGUUCGAGCUUCCGAUGUGGGGGACUACACGUGUUCCGUAGUAUCGCCAGGUGGAAACGAGACACGAUCCGCUCGUCUGAGUGUGAUCGAAUUGCCAUUCGCGCCGAUCAACGUCGUAGCUACUCGAGUAGAGCGGAUCUCACCGCGCACGAUUAACGUUACAUGGGUACCCGGUUUCGACGGUAACAGCCCCACGAAAAAAUUCAUAGUUCAGAAACUAGAAGUAUCCGAUUUAGGACCUAUAACUAGUCCAUUAUUAAACUGGGUUACCGAACGUGACAACGUGUCGGCGACAAGCCGAUGGGUAUUGUUGAAUAAUUUGAAAGCCGCGGCUGCUUAUCAAUUUCGUAUCAGUGCUGAAAAUAGCGUAGGCGAAGGUCCAUCGUCGGCACCUAGCAAUAUCGUGGUCCUACCCCAAGAACCGCCUAGCGGUCCACCGAUUGGCUUUGCCGGUUCGGCACGUUCCUCGUCGGAAAUAAUAACUCAAUGGCAGCCUCCGCUGGAUGAAUACCGAAAUGGUCAUAUUUUAGGAUAUAUAUUGAGGUACAAGUUGCACGGAUACAAUGACAGUCCGUGGACGAUACAGAAUAUCACCAACGAAGCGCAACGAAAUUAUCUCAUUACUGAUCUGAUCACGUGGAAGGAUUACGAGGUACAAAUAGCAGCUUAUAACGACAUGGGUGUGGGCGUAUACACCAAAGGCUUGCAGAUUAAAACCAAGGAAGGAGUUCCGGAAGCACCGCCCACGAACGUAAAAGCGGAAGCGGUUAAUUCAACGGCGGUAAAAGUUUGGUGGAAGCCACCGAAUCCGCAAAAAAUCAAUGGAAUAAAUCAGGGAUAUAAAUUACAAGCUUGGUCCGGUGGCAAUUUUACGGAAGCAACUGAGUAUAAGUCGAUGACCGUACCACCCAGCUUAUUUGAUCCGCUCGCCGAACAAAGUACUAUUAUGACGGGUUUAAGGAAGUACACCUUAUACAAUAUUACAGUGCUUUGCUUCACCGAUCCAGGUGAUGGCGAAAGAAGUUCGCCUGUCGAAAUACGCACUUGCGAAGAUGUACCUGAAGAAGUGGAAAAUUUACAAUUUGAAGACAUCAGCGAUCGCGCGCUGACAGUUAAAUGGAGUUCUCCUAAAGAGACUAAUGGCAUAUUGACACACUAUCAACUGAAAUAUAUGAUUAAAGAAAUUCCGGAUUCUCUGCGCGUCGAAAACUUUACGGCCGAUGUGUUGUCGACAAGAGUAAAACAUUUACAGGCAUUAACCCAUUACAAAUUUGAGGUCACUGCUUGGACGUCGAUUGGACCAGGAAAAUCGAAAGUAGCAACCAUACAAUCGGGCGUAGAACCGGUGCUACCAGAACCUCCCACAAAACUAGCAUUAUCCAAUAUAGAUGCAUUCUCCGUUGUGUUACAAUUCACACCGGGAUUUGAUGGCAAUUCGUCCAUUACAAAAUGGACAGUACAGGCACAAACGGCACGAAAUUCGACGUGGUACAAUAUUUACGAGGUGUCUGAUCCUGACGCUAGUACGAUCACCGUCAACGGUUUGAUCCCCUUCAUGCAAUACAAGCUUCGUUUAAUCGCGAAUAAUGUCGUCGGUGCAUCGCAGCCUUCCGAAUCGACUAAAGAAUUUCAAACGAUUCAAGCAUCACCCUCUCAUCCUCCGAAGAACGUUACGGUCCGCGCGAUGAAUGCUACCGAAUUACGCGUCAGAUGGAUCCCGUUGCAGCAAAUAGAAUGGAACGGAAAUCCACGCGGGUACAACAUUACGUACACUGAAGUACGCUCAAACAUCUCGAAGAGUGUCACUAUCGAAGAUUCUACCGCAAACUCAUAUGUUCUGGAAAAUAUGGAGGAAUACGCCGAUUAUGAGAUAAUGAUGCAAGCGUUCAACGACGUCGGUUCUUCAGCGGCGAGUCCAAAGGCCAUCGAACGAACUCGCGAAUCAGUUCCUUCUCUGGGGCCAAUUAACGUAGAGGCAAACGCGACGUCAUCUACAACCAUCCUAGUGCGAUGGGGCGACGUUCCUGUAGAACACCAAAACGGACAGAUCGAUGGCUUUAAAGUCUACUAUGGCGCAAAUUCCAGAUCGUCCUUCCAAUAUAAGAAUAUUCCCAGCAACACUACCUUUACGACUACUCUAACGGAGCUCCGCAAGUUUGUGCAAUAUCAUGUGCAAGUUUUAGCUUAUACGAGACUCGGCGACGGAGCGCUGAGCACCCCACCCGUGAGAGUUCAGACUUUUGAUGACACUCCUGGUCCACCAUCUAAUGUAUCGUUUCCUGACGUGAGCUUUACCACAGCGCGCAUUAUCUGGGAUAUGCCAGAAGAUCCUAAUGGAGAGAUUCUCGCGUAUAAAGUCAUGUUUCAUUUAAAUAAUAGUCAAGAUCAUCAAUUUUCCAAAGAAUUCCCGGCGUCUGACAGAACGUUUAGAGCCACCAAUCUUGAACCCGAGAAAUAUUACAUGUUUUCUGUGACGGCGCAAACGAGAUUGGGUUGGGGUAAAACAGCUUACGCAAUUGUAUUCACCACAAACAACAGAGAACGUCCGCAGGCGCCAUCGAUGCCGCAAGUGAGUAAGUCGCAGAUCCAGAGUCGCCAGAUAACGUUUAGCUGGACACCAGGCAGAGACGGUUUUGCACCAUUAAGAUAUUAUACGGUGCAACAGUCGGAGAAUUCCGGACCGUUCCAAACUAUACCCGAAAGAGUGGAGCCGACUCUGACUUCUUACACUGCUAACAAUUUGAAACCUUACACGCGUUAUCAAUUUCGUAUUCAGGCUACCAACGAUAUAGGUCCUUCGGAAUGGAGUACCGAGUCUACUCAAGUGCAAACUCUACCUGCAGCACCAUCCAAAGGUGUCACUGGUCUGAAAGUUGUACCGAUAACAACGUCCAGCGUCGAAGUUCAUUGGAAUAUGAUUGACGAGAUAUAUUGGAGUGGGGAUUACGAAACGGGUGGUUAUCGUGUCGUCUAUCAACCGGUAUCAGAUUUUCCGACACCGCUUCAAGUGACGCCAAAGGAAGAGAUUCUGGGAAUUAAUGAAACUAAAAUGGUUUUAAGCGAUUUAUCGGAGGACCGAUAUUACGAGAUUAUAGUGCUGCCGUUUAACUCCGAAGGUGAGGGCCCACCGAGUCCACCGGUCACUGUAUAUGUAGGAGAAGCAGUUCCUACAGGAGAGCCCCAAAAUUUGAUAGCCGAACCCAUCUCCUCCACCGAAGUCCAUUUACGUUGGAAGCCUCCUCAAGCUAAUAUGCAAAAUGGCGAUUUAUUAGGAUACAAAAUUUUUUAUUUAGUAACUGACUCGCCUCAAAAUUUUGAAAAGAAACAGGAAGAAGAGAUAGAAGUUGUCCUGGCGUCCUGUUUGGCGCACAGUUUAGUUUUCCUCGACAAGUAUACAGAGUAUCGCAUACAAGUCUUGGCGUUUAAUCCGGCCGGAGAUGGCCCACGAUCUUCACCAAUCACUGUUAGGACGAAACAGGACAUACCGGGACCGCCGUACAAUUUGCAAUUCACUGAAAUUACCAUGACCAGUUUGCGCGUCUCUUGGGAGCCACCGAAAUUACGCAAUGGCGAGAUAAUCGGUUACAUCGUCACUUAUGAAACAGCGGAACAAAACGAUCGUUUUAGCAAACAAGUAAAGCAAAAAGUGACAGAGACGAGUCUCCUCAUUCAACCAUUAGAAGAGGAGGUGACGUACACUUUUAUGGUUCGCGCGCAGACGAUCGACUUUGGACCACCGAUAUCCGGUAAUGUUACGACUGGUCCGCAAGAGGGUUCGCCAAUGGCACCUAGUAAGCUCGGCGUGACCAGGACCGUCUCUAGCGUGGAACUACAAUGGACUAACGGUGCUUCCGGCAAAGGUCCUAUACUCGGUUACUAUAUCGAGACUCGUCGUAAAGAUGAUUCGCGCUGGCAAACAAUAAUUCGUAGUAGCAAUGGACCGCUGACGGAAUAUACUGUAUCCUAUCAAAACUUGUUGCCAUCUACAUCUUACUUGUUCAGAGUGAUAUCAUAUAAUCGUUAUGGAAUCAGUUAUCCAGCGUAUUCCACCGAAACGAUUUUGACGCCCUCGAAAUUGUACCUGGAAUAUGCAUAUCUACAACAUAGACCAUUUUACAGAGAGACUUGGUUCAUGGUUACUUUGGCAGCUACGUCAAUUAUAAUUAUCAUUAUGGUCAUAGCAGUGUUGUGUGUAAAGAGUAAAAGUUACAAAUAUAAACAAGAGGCGCAAAAGACUCUUGAGGAGUCAAUGGCAAUGGAUGCGGAGGAUAGGCAAGAAUCAGAUCUGGUAUUGUACAGAUCGCGUCAAGGGGGAGGCGCCAUUAACGUGGCGAGCGGCACUCUAGGUAAAAGGAACACUUUAGCUCGAAAGGCUAUGCAUCCUCCGCCACCGGCGAUGUUGGGUAAAUCGCCUCCUAGACCAUCCCCCGCAUCGGUCGCUUAUCACAGUGACGAGGAAAGUCUCAAAGGAUACGAUGAGAAUCCUGAUGACAGUAGUGUUACGGAGAAACCCUCUGAAAUCAGUUCUACUGAUUCUCAGGGUUCUGAGAGCGAGAACGAGAGUGUGCAAUCUGAUCCGCAUUCCUUCGUGAAUCACUACGCGAAUGUGAACGACUCGUUGAGGCAAUCAUGGAAGCGACAGAAACCCGUCCGGAAUUAUUCGUCGUACACAGACUCUGAGCCGGAAGGCAGCGCGGUCGUCAGUCUGAAUGGUGGUCAGAUCAUCAUGAAUAAUAUGGCGAGAUCGAGGGCACCAUUGCCAGGUUUUUCGUCGUUCGUGUAAUUAAACUACUACUAUUGAAAUAGGAAGACUUCUCUUAUUAAUACGGUAUCAAAAUUAUCUCACAUUUCACAAGCGAAGUCUUUUUUUAUAUUAUAUAUAUAGAGCGAAAGACUUACGUCGAAAACACUUGUUUCAUACACAACGUGCUGACGACAUAGAAUUAUAGCAAACUUAUAAUGAAUUAUAGAAAGCUUGAGGCAUCUUCGUAUUGUGAUAUAUAUAUAUAUAUAUAUAUAUAU